AUGAAGCCCCAAACUUUCGUUGUCGUUGCCUUCGGCCUCCUGUCCGGAGAAGCCAUGGCCCAGAGCGUGCCGCCUCUGAUCUCGUCUGUGUCUGCCGCCGUCUCGUCUGCUAUUGCCUCUGGCAGUGCCAUUGCCUCUAGCAUUCGCUCCGAGGCCUCGUCCGUCGCCAGCAGCAUCCGCUCAGAAGCUUCUUCCAUCGCCUCCAGCGAGACUAAUACCGAGACCACUGGCACUGAGACCAGCGAGACCGUGACCAGCACCACCUUCACAACUACCAUCCCCGUCACCACCACCAUCAGCACUGUCGAGUCUGCUACCACAGAGUCUGCCACCACCAUCCCCGGAACUACCAACAGCGAGACCACCAGGGCUGCCACCACCAUUCCGGCUACUACCCGCUCUGCCACUACUCGCGUCACCACCAGAACCUCUGCUACCACUUCUACCUCUACCGGUCUGGCUAUUGCCCCCACUGCUGAUGCCAAGCUGCUGGCUCCUAUCCUCGGUGCUGCCGCCGCCGUCUUGAUGCUGUAA